AUGAACUUCGUAUGUCAACAAUGCAAGCAACCCCUGCAGCUCGAUACGUCACUUGUCGAUCUCUCUCCGUCCGCAUAUGACAUGGUAGCUGCGUCUUUACCGCCGACGCCAUCAGCUUACGGGCUCCCUUCCUCGGAAUCCGAGAAGUUCGCUCAGCUCCCUGCACCUGCAUCUGUAAAGGCAGCCUGGCAGCAGUCCGUUCAGAACAGGCCAUCGUCCCCUUCAUCAUUAUCUCCGCGUACGCCGAGAAGGCAGCCGCCACGCGCGGUCGUGCAGCCAAAUGAGUCGUUUGUGCUGCUCCAAGACAGCAUCGUGCGCAAUAUUCCCUCCCCUCUCCCCACCCCUUCACAUACGAAGAAAGCGUCAUACGCGAGAAGCAGGAACAGC